GGUGGUGUCAGAACUGUCGGACGACCUUAUGGAAAAACUAGGACAGCUGAAGAACCUGAAGGUCCUUAGCCUGCACGGCCGUUCCUACAUGGGGAAAACAAUGAAAUGUAGUCGUGGCAGUUUCCUAAAGCUUCAAGUCUUAAAAUUGUGGAUGCUUGAGGAGCUCGAGAAAUGGGAAGUGAAGGAGGGAGCCAUGCCCGCCGUAGAAGAAGUUGAGAUCAGAUUCUGUGUGGAAGCAGCUGAGGACUUCAACAGUGAAGACAAAAUGGUCCGUACCUUUACUGGAAUUCGCCCUCCAAGAGAUGAAAUGGACGAACAGGAGGACACUCAGUUGUCUGAGCCCGGUUUGAAUAAUUAUAGGACAAUGCCAAGAAACCUUGUCGUUGGAGGAGCAGAACAGGAUCAGUUAAGUGGAACAGAUGAUGAAAGAACACCCACUGGGGAUGCACAACCAGCUGCAGUUGUGGCAGCUCGAAACUCCCCCACUCUAAGCAACAUAGUAGUGCCGACCAGGCCAAGGGGAAGUGGGAAGCUGAAUAUCGAGCCCAGCUCGUCCAAGCAUAGUGAAGAACUGAUGAGCAAAAACGCAGACCUUGAAAGACAGCUGCGAGACGUACAAAAAUUUAUUGACGAGCUGAAAAGUCUUAGGUCGCACCAACAGACCUUGGAUUUGGAUAGUGCUCCACUAAACCUAUCCAUCACAGCAGAACCGUAUCAAGAGGGAUUCAAAAUUCCCCACCUGGAGACAUACGAUGGCUCGGGCGACCCAGACAAGCAUCUACACACCUAUCAAGCCAUCAUGAGAAUUCAAAAUGCCAAUGAUGCCAUGAUGUGUAAAGUGUUCCAAGCGACACUAAAGUCAAUGGCCAGAAGAUGGUAUCAUAAACUCCCCAGACACUCUAUAGAUUCUUAUUCCCAGCUCGCCAAGCUAUUCUCUAACAAAUUUGCGAGCCAAAGGGAAAUUAAACGCACAGCGACCGAGCUGAUGCAAGUUCAUCAGAAAGAAGGGGAAUCUUUGAGGAACUACAUGCAGCGAUUCAACAAAGCCACUUUAGACAUUGAUAACGUCCCAGAUACCAUCUGCCUAUCCGCCUUGUUGCAUGGUUUGAAGCGUGGUCGGUUCCUAGAUGACCUGCUCGAAAACCCGCCGAAGACGUGGAAUGAAGUGAAUGACAGGUCUCAAAUCCUUGCGCAAAUCCAGCACUGGGUUAGGAGACCCCCGCCACCAUUGCAUGAUUCCCCAAGGGCAGACAAGAGUAAACAUUGUGACUACCAUCGCGUGGCGUACAGAGGACGUCCGUUCAAUAGGAGAGGACAGGGACAGAGAACUGCUGCCCAGAACCAAAAAGAUAGGAAAGGGGUAGAUUAUGCUGGGAUACCCCCGCCCUCUGCUACAAUAAAUAUGAUCUCAGGUGGUGUUCACUCCGGAGGCCAAAGCGCCCGAGGUCGCAAAGCCCCAGCAGACUAUAAGCGAGCAGAAGGAGAGCCCAACGUUAUGAUGCCACAUGCAGAUCCUUUUGUGGCAACGGUUCAUAUAGGCAACCAUAACGUCAACAAGGUCUUCAUUGAUACGGGUAGCUCGCCGGAUAUCCUGUACUGGAGUUGCUUUCAGAAAAUGCAGCUGAAUCCGAGCUCAUUGCAGAAACACGAAGGGCCUAUAUAUGGGUUUGACAAUCAGCCCGUCCCGGUUGAAGGAGUCAUUACCCUUCCCAUCUAUGUGGGCUCGGAACCACGAGCCACUCUUUGCGAGCUGAAGGCUGUCGUCUCACAACCCCAUCUCUGCAUGAAAUUCCCAACUCCUCAAGGGGUAGGAGUGCUUAAAGGGAAUCAGAAUGGCCAGAACCUGCUACCAAGAUACUUUCAAAAAGACAUUGAGCACCAACCUGAGGGUGUCGAGCAGAAGGCAGAGCUAGUGGAGCCAGUAGAAACAGUCCCUCUAAGCCCUGAUGUGCCAGAAAGGACGGUUAAGAUCGACACCAAACUCACAGAAGAGGAACGGGCAGAGCUUUUGGAGUUUUUGAGGGUUAAUCAGGAUGUGUUUGCGUGGACUGCGGAUGAAAUGCCUGGCAUCCCGACGGAGUUGACAAUCCACAAGCUCAGCACAUACCCCACCAGAAAGCCGGUGGUUCAGAAGCGUCACCUUUUUGGCCCUGAGAAGCAAGCUGCCAUAGACGAAGAAAUACAAAAGCUGCUACAGGCAGGCUUCAUCAGAAGAGUCGAAUACUCUGAGUGGGUGUCCAACCCUGUGCUAGUUAAAAAACCGAAUGGCAAGUGGAGGAUGUGCAUUGAUUUCACCAAUUUAAAUGAGGCGUGCCCGAAAAACCCCUAUCCCUUGCCAAACGUCGAGAAGCUAGUAGAGCGGGCAGCCGGACACGAACAGAUGAGCUUUCUUGAUGCUAGCUCGAGUUAUCACCAGAAUGCUGGUGCUACAUAUCAGAAACUGGUGCAAAUCAUCUUUAAGCUCCAGAUUGGUAGAAACAUAGAAGUAUUUGUGGAUAACAUGAUAGUCACCAGUGUACGAGCCGAAGAUCACAUAGGCAACCUGAGUGAGACCUUUCAAAACUUGCGCCGAGCUCAAAUGAAGCUAAAUCCCUUGAAAUUCACAUUUGCUGUAGAGUCAGGAAAAUUCCUAGGGACUGUCAAAGAUGUGCAGCGUUUGACGGGCCGUGUAGCUGCGCUGCAUAGGUUCAUAGCCAGGUCGGCAGACAGAUGCCUCCCAUUCUUCAAAGCCCUACGAGAGCCCAAGAACUUUCAAUGGACCGAUGAGUGUCAGAGGCCGUUUGACGAGCUCAAACAAUAUCUGGUAUCAGCACCUCUGCUGUCCAAGCCUAUGGAAGGGGAGAGUUUAUACAUGUACUUGGGGGUUACAGAAAAGGCAGUGAGCUCAGUCUUGCUCAGGGAGGAGAAUAAGAAUCAGAAGCCUAUCUGCUAUGUGAGCAAGGUUUUACAAGGUGCUGAGCAGAACUACCCACUAGUAGAAAAGGCUGCUUUUGCUUUGGUCUGCACAGCUCGUAAGCUGAGAGCUUACUUUCAGUCUUAUCAAAUUGUUGUCUAUACUGAUUUGCCGCUAAGGAAGAUAUUGCAGAAGCCAGAACUCUCUAGUUGGCUAAUCGGAUGGAGCGUCGAGCUGAGUGAGUAUGACCUCAAAUUUCAGCCACGCAUGACUAUAAAAGGCCAGGCUGUGGCAGAUUUCUUGGUGGAAUGCGUCUCGGCGACUGUGAAAGAAAAGGCACCUGAGCACCCAGUCUGGGUUUUGUAUGUAGAUGAAGCUGCUAAUGUUGAAGGAUCGGGUGUUGGGGCUGUGUUACUGGGCCCUGACGGCUUUAAAUCCGAGCACGCGCUGAGGUUUAAGUUUCAGACAACUAAUAACGCUGCAGAGUAUGAAGCCCUCAUUUAUGGUCUGAAGCUGGCGUCCGAGCUGAAGAUCGAUAAAAUACCAAGAGCAGAUAACAACCGAGCUGACGAGCUGUCAAAGUUGGCCUCCUCGCAGGACCUUAACCCUCAGAGGUCAACCAUUGUCGAAUUGCUUGACGUCCCGAGCUACACUGAUUUCACGCUGCCUAAAGAUCCAUCCACUGCAAAGUUGAUUAAACGCAAGGCGGCUCAUUUCACUCUGUUAGAAAAUCAGCUCUACAAACGAGCAGCCUCAAUACCCCUCUUACGCUGCCUUACUCCUUAUGAAGCUGAAUACGUUGUAAGGGAAGUUCAUGAAGGAGUAUGUGGCACACACAUCGGUGGCAGGACUUUAGCUCGGAAACUCCUGAGGAAUGGGUAUUACUGGCCGACUAUGAUUGAGGACGCACAGAACUAUGUCAAAAAAAGCCCGACCUGCCAGUUCAAUGCCGAUGAUAUCCACAUGCCAGGAGAAAUGCUCUCAUCACUCUCAGCUCCUUGGCCUUUCGCUCAAUGGGGAGUCGAUCUGCUUGGUCCUUUCGUGAAAGGCAAAGGAGGAUGCACUUACCUCGUUGUCGCAGUGGAUUAUUUCACCAAGUGGAUAGAAGCUAAACCAUUAUCCACGACAACAGAAAAGAAAAUAGAAGAAUUCUUGUUCAGUUCAAUAUUGUGCAGGUUUGAUAUACCUAAGCGAAUCAUUGCUGAAAAUGGGCCACAGUUCCGAGCAACAGCACUGAGGUCGUUUUGUAAUGACUAUGGCAUUGAGCUCGCCUUGACAUUCAUGUAUACUCCACAGUCAAAUGGGCAAGCCGAGUCUGCCAAUAAAAUCGUCUUGAGAGGCCUCAAGACGCAUGUUUUAGCUGCGCGUUCUAAUUGGGUUGACGAGCUUAAUAAAGUGCUUUGGUCAUGUCGCACUACACCCAGCUCGGCCAUAGGCGAAACCCCAUUCAGCCUGGCGUAUGGAGCUGAGGUCGUCAUCCUUGUCGAGGUAGGAUUGCCAUCUGAUAGAUCAGAUCGUCAUGACGAUCAUAAUAAUGAGCAACUCUUAAGAGAGAACCUAGACCUUGUGGAAGAGGUCAGGGAGACAUCUCGAAUAAGAAACAUGGCACAUCAAAGUCGUGUUGUAAAAUUUUAUAAUAAGCGAGUUCGAGCUCGUCAGUUUCAAGUUGGCGAUUUGGUUCUACGCAAAGCUGGAUUAACCAAUACUUAUUCACACAUGGGCAAGCUCGCUCCUAAUUGGGAGGGUCCCUAUAUGGUUGUUCGAGUUAAACGACCUGGAUCUUACAUGUUAGCAGAUAUACAAGGACGUCAGUUACCUUACAUUUGGAACGUGCAGAAUCUUAGAAAAUUUUAUAGUUAACAUGUGUACUAUUAUUUAAUUCAAGU